GGAAGAGGAGCGAGCGGCGCUUGUCAGCCGGGUGUAGGCCGGGAGUGGAGCUUUGGUGUCCGAGUCUUAAUAUUGCCGCUGCCUUGGGUUGAUCAUUUUCAGAAUAAUUCAGAUAUGCAUGAUGAUUUUAGAGCCUGAAUCAGUGUAUUGGCCUGCCCUUUGAGAGGAUCAUCUGAAGAGUGAAGGAGCUGGCUGAAGAUGACUCUCUCAUAUUGCUUCAAACUGUUGGGACAUCUGCUAUUUCAUUGCUGAAGCUUUCCUACUGUUUGUUUUUCUCCUGAAGCCUUAAUCCACUGAAGGAUCAGAGUUGGCUGCUAUGGAAUCAAGACAAAAUAAAACAUGAGAAGAUGUAUUCAAGAUGAUCCAGACAGAAGACUUUUCACUUCACAGAAAUUUGGUUUUGUUUAACACGUAAUCUAAUUUAACAAAGCAAAGUUCAAUUACUUAUCUUGAAAUUAAGACACACCUGUGGCCUUCAUCAGAAAUGUUUCUAACUUUUUCAAGAAAAAAUAUGUCCCAGAAACUGAGUAUGUUUUUACUAGUUUUUGGAAUCAUUUGGGGUUUGAUGUUGCUACGCUACACUUUUCAGUAUCCACGACGCCAAAGUAGUGCUGAGUUGCGUGGACAGAUACUAGAUCUGAGUAAAAGAUACGUCAAAGCACUGGCAGAAGAAAACAAGAAUUUAAUGAAUGGCGGUGGUGGAGCUUCUAUGGCAGGAUAUGCUGAUCUUAAGAGAACAAUUGCUGUUCUUCUCGAUGACAUCUUACAACGCCUUGUGAAAUUGGAAAACAAAGUUGAUUACAUCGUUGUGAAUGCUUCAGCAACAAAUACCACUAAUGGAACUAGCAAUCAGGCGCCAGUAACUUCAAAUAAACGUGUCAAAACAGCAAGUAACAUUAGAUAGCAAACAGGGCCACUUCGUGUUGCUACAUCUAUGAUAAGUAAUAUUUAACAUAAGCUUUUUAUUUCUGGCUAGGGCAAAGCAGUAGUUGACUCUAAAAGAAACGUAAACAAUUCUGUUACACAAUGUGCUGGAUCUAUAGAGGCAUAACUUAUGUGCAUAGGUUCUCAAAGCAUUAUUUCAUUGCCUUUGAGCAGUACUUCUGAAGUGAUCUUUGUUGUCUUUAAAGAUGAUUUCUUAUUAUGAUUUGUUGUAGUAUGCCAUCAGAUAAUAACAAUAAAUGGAAAGCAGUGGAGCACUUGUAGGUAGGUUUCUAAAUAUAUUUAUUUAAGUUUAAAUAUAAUAUGCCUUUUGGAUAGGUGAGCAGUAUUGUAGCUUAUUCAUGUUUUGCAUUCAGCUGAGGUAACUGAGGAAAAUGCAUUGUUAAACAGAUGCUAAAAAAUGUGUAUACUUAUAUUUUGUUACUCAUUUACUAAAAAAAAUAUUAAAUCAAGGAUAGCAUUGGCAGUAGUAUUUUGAAAUUGUGACCCAAAGAAUGUCUUUAUUUGCACUAUCUGUCAGAGUAGCUAGAGCGAAUUUACUGUAUAUUUAAGAAAAAUAAUUAUAAUAGGAAAACAUCCUAGGUAGUAACACUGUCCAGGUACAUCUUUGUACUGGAGUUGGGGCAGUUAGAUUAUCAAAAGCAAAUCAUAAUCUGUGAUAUCUUUAGAUGAUUGUUUCUUACAAAGCUAUUUAAGUGUAUGUAUUUUUAAUUGCAGAUAAAAUUAUUUAAGUGAUGGAAUUAAGUUUUAGAUACAUGAAUCUUGUUUAUUCAUUGCUAUUUCUUUUUAACUUUUUUUGUACCUUGCAAUUUGUGAUGGGUAUAGCACACCUUCUCCCUGAAUUGCUUUUUUGAUCAGGAAGAAAAGCAAUGAAGGGAAAUAAGGCAUCUCAGCAUUUAAGAGAGAUAUAUGUACUAAGGAUGUCUUACCAUGGAAUAUUUGAGAGCUAAGGUAAUAUUUGCCUUAUGUCUAAAUUCACUUUACAGCAAAGUAAAUUGCAGUGCAGAUCCACUGUAUUUCAAAAUGUUACUUAAGUCAUAUUAAAGAGAAAGUGCCACUGAGCCUCUUUUUUUAAAAUGUCCUGGAUGUUUGGGAAAAGAGGGAGAGUAUGUGCAGAAACUCUUGCCAAGUCUCCUGUGAGUGGGUUGGUUUUGUUUUUUUUCUUUGGUAGGGGGUGGUUCUAAUCCCAUAUUAAGGUAGAAAAAACAUCAGUAAAACCAGAAAUGUUGGAUGAUAUACCGUCCAAACUUAUAUGGGUUUUCUUCUGUUUCCUUGAUAAUAUUCCAGACUUUUACAAAGGAAAAAUAGACUUAAAAUUGCGGUUAGUAUACAGACAGGUUUUUUUUCCUGUCACACUGUGUAUAAAUGUGUACUUGCUUCAAUGCAGAAAGAGAAAAAUAAAUUUUUAAUUGUACUUGAAA